AUGGAAGAAAUAAGUGGUAAUGAUAUAUCUAAUCACUUUGGAAAUCAAACACAAAAUGAGCAAAGUAUAAAAGCGGAUGUUCAAAUUCAAAUGAAAUGCUAUGAAUCCGACAGUUUUCAGUUGUUUCAAACAACGGAAACAAGUGUUGCAGCGACCAUUUUUAAUAUUUUGGUGAUUUUUUGUGCUUUAAAAUUAUAUCGUCGGAGUGGCGAUACAAUGCACGUGUUUAUUAUCAGUAUGACUAUCGGUGAUUUACUGCUUACGGUGUUUUGUCAUCCAAAUGAAUUUCUUAUUCGCAAGCAUGAAAUCCUACGACAAGCAGGUCUCUGCGCAAUCACUCACUUCUGUAAUUGGUUAGGCCUAGCAGUUUCAGGCCUGUCCCUAACAAUGCUUAAUUUUGACAAACUUAUUUACUUCCAGUGGCCUCUGAAAUACGAUUAUGCUAUGUCUAAGAAAAGAGCUUCAAUUUUAUGUGUUUUUAUUUGGAGUAUUUCUAUGACUAGUGGUCGAAUGUACUUUUAUGAUAUUUUCAUGGUGACAUAUUGUGUGCUACCAAUCACGUCAUCAUUGAUUGUUAGCGCUUACUUAUAUCAACUUACACGUGAAAAACGUCGAAGUACGAUAGCUUUUGGACAAUCACAUGAAAUGAAAUCAUUGGUAUUUAUUUUCGCUACAACAGCGUGGACAUCCUUCAGCUUACUGCCAUAUCGUAUUUUUAAUAUUUGCCGUAUGCAUUUUUUUGAUUGGAAUGCUUUGGACUGUGAAACACAGUCGAAUAUGAACUGGCUUGCUCAUGUCUUACUGUAUUUGCUGUUUAUGAAUCCGAUAGUCAAUCCAUUAAUUACAGCACUAAUAUAUGCACCGUACCGAUUAACUCUGAAACGAUUAAUGUUUAGUAUUCCAGUCAGAAACCGAUCACUGUAUAGUUGUCGUGAUAAUCAUACUAAUUUAAGGUGCGUUUGUAACAAAUUAUUUUCAUCUAAUGCAGAACAUAUUAAUGAAAUCAGCAAAUUUAAUUUAUUACGCAUAAAUAUGAAGUACACGCAAGUAACGCAGACAAGCAGAUUUUUAAGGAUAAAAUACUAA